AUCGACGAUCAAUAUCAAUUUCUAUUAAAGAUGUCUCUUCAUUCGAGAAGAAAUCAAGGAAGAGGAAAAGGUCAGGACAGGACAGGAACGAAAAGCAUCAGAGUGUUUUCAGAAGGAGACCGUUAUAUGAACAUUAUAUGUUUUUAUGCGCGACUCUUCAUUGAAACAUUGUUGAAUUAUCAUCGAAUUAACAACAGAUUUACUUUUCCAAUGACAAUGGCGACUUUGCAUGAGAAGCAUUUUUGUUCAUCCAAUAUAUCUAUAAGCGCUGUGUUCUUUGAUCUGGACAAUACUCUCAUCGAGACUAGAAAGGGCGACAAUCAAACAUGUCGAAAGUUGGCUGAGGAACUAACACAAGAAUAUGGUAUUCCUGAAGAUAUAUCUGUGAAGAUUACAACAACAUAUUUGAAGCUCUUUAGAAAAUGUCCUGAUAAUGUAAUUCACACCUUGGAUGUUUGGCGUAUAACUUUAUGGAGUAGAGCACUUGGAGAAAAAUACUCAUAUCUAGCAAAAAAAAUUUACGAGCGAUGGUUAUGUCUACGAUAUUAUUAUUUGACUCUGCCGUCAGAUAUAGUUUCUAUGCUCCGUCAAUUGAGGUUAAAAUACCUCUUAGGUUUGAUUACAAAUGGUCCAUCUAAUGCACAAUGGGAAAAAAUACGAAAACUUUCAUUAGAACAAUAUUUCGAUAUAAUUCUUGUAUCAGGAGAUUUACCAUGGGAAAAACCCAAAAGGGAAAUAUUUCGAAAAGCAUACCGAUUUUUAAAUGUUAAACCAGAUAGUUGUGUAAUGGUUGGUGACAAACUGGAAACUGAUAUCCUGGGUGGAAUAGAAGCAGGUCUAGGGUGUACAAUUUGGAUUCCAACAUUGGAUAAACCACACUUGUUAAGGGGAGAUCCACAACCAGAUUUUACUAUAAGGCAUGUCACAGAUCUCUUAAGUAUUUUAAAUAGAGGUCCUGAUGCACCAGAAUUUGAAGAUUCUUCUUCAAAUGCAUCAGAUGGUAGUUGAUAAAAGAGAUUGUUACUUCAAACUCUUUCAAAUAUUAUAGCUGAUCAGAGGUCACAUUUUUAUAUAGAGAACUUGCUAAUUAUUUUCUCAUAGUUAAGUAAAUAUUAUUAUUGUAACUAUUAUUAUAGCAUGCUUUAAAAAUAUCUUAAAUGCUCCCUAUAUUAUUUUUAUCUUCAUAUUGAAUAGAAAAAAAUGAAAUUGUUAUUGAACUACAACAUGAUGAUAGUGUUAUUGCAUUGAAUUUCAAAAAGAUAUCAUUUAAGUAUAUUUAUUAUAGAUCUCUCAUUUACUAAGUUUUUAAACUGAGAAUGAAUUUUAUAUCAUUUAUGUGAGAUAAAAAUUAUAUUUUUUAAUUGAAAGAGUA